UGGACAGAAGUGACGGUCCGUAGCAGACGCCGAGGUGCCGCCAGUUCUCCCGCCUUCAUUUCCCAUCGUGCUGAGGCGGGUGGCAUGGCGGAGAAGGAUGACACCGGAGUUUGACGAAGAGGUGGUUUUUGAGAAUUCUCCACUUUACCAGUACUUACAGGAUCUGGGACACACAGACUUUGAAAUAUGCUCUUUUCUGUCACCAAAACCAGAAAAAAGCACAGUGACAGAGGGACAACAAAAGCCUCCUGCAAGAGCCCUGACAAAACAAGGCAUCCUGUUAAAAGUGGCUGAAACCAUCAAAAGUUGGAUUUUUUCUCAGUACAAUAAGAAAGAUGACUUACUUCACAAGUUGGAUAUUGGAUUCCGACUCGACUCACUACAUACCAUUCUGCAACAGGAAGUCCUGUUACAAGAGGAUGUGGAGCUGAUUGAGCUACUUGAUCCCAGUAUCCUGUCUGCAGGGCAACCUCAACAACAGGAAAAUGGACACCUUCCAACACUUUGCUCCCUGGCAACCCCUAAUAUUUGGGAUGUCUCAGUGCUGUUUGCCUUCAUUAGUUUGCUCAUUAUGCUUCCCACUUGGUGGAUUGUAUCUUCCUGGCUGGUAUGGGGAGUGAUUCUGUUUAUUUUUCUGAUCGUAAAAGCUUUGAGAUUAUGGAGAACAGCCAAACUACAAGUAACUCUAAAAAAAUACAAUGUCCAUUUAGAAGAUACAGCAACAAAUAGCCGAGCUUUUACUAACCUUGUGAGAAAAGCUUUACGUCUCAUUCAAGAAACUGAAGUCAUUUCCAGAGGAUUUACACUGGUCAGUGCUGCUUGCCCAUUUAAUAAAGCUGGACAGCAUCCCAGUCAGCAUCUCAUCGGUCUUCGGAAAGCUGUCUACAGAACUGUAAGAGCCAACUUCCAAGCAGCAAGGCUAGCUACCCUAUAUAUGCUGAAAAAAUAUCCUUUUCUGUCUAUAUGUAAGAAUAAAUAUGCUUCCAGAGUCAUGAAUAGAGAUAGUAUAGUUGCAUCCUAUUGCUUCCUCGUGUAUUUGUUUAUUUGUGGGAUGUUGUCCUCAUGUCCUCAUGUUGAACAGGACUACAUCUGGAGAAAUCCUUUGUUGAUUCAGGGUGUUUUGUUUCAACUCUGGGUGGCACAGAGUUCAGAGUUCUUCAGACGGUUAGCCCUAUUACUUUCUACAGCUAAUUCACCUCCUGGGCCCUUACUUACUCCAGCACUUUUGCCUCAUCGUAUUUUAUCUGAUGUGACUCAAGGUCUACCUCAUGCUCAUUCUGCCUGCUUGGAAGAGCUUAAGCGCAGCUAUGAGUUUUAUCGGUAUUUUGAAACUCAGCACCAGUCAGUACCCCAGCGUUUAUCCAAAACUCAACAGAAGUCAAGAGAACUGAAUAACGUUCACACAGCAGUACGCAGCUUGCAGCUCCAUCUGAAAGCGUUACUGAAUGAGGUAAUAAUUCUUGAAGAUGAACUUGAAAAGCUUGUUUGUACUAAAGAAACACAAGAACUAGUAUCAGAAUCUUAUCAAAUCCUAGAACAGAAGUUGAAGUUGAUUCAGCCCCAUGUUCAGGCAAGCAACAAUUGCUGGGAAGAGGCCAUUUCUCAAGUGGACCGACUGCUCCGAAGAAACACAGAUAUAAAAGGCAAGCCUGAAAUAGUGUGUGAGAAUCCCCGUUGUACUGUGGCGCCUCUGACGCAGCCUGCUCUACACAUUGCAGACAAAGAUCCAAUCCCCGAGGAGCAGGAAUUAGAAGCUUAUGUAGAUGAUAUAGAUAUGGACAGUGAUUUCAGAAAGGAUGAUUUUUAUUACUUGUCUCAAGAAGACAGAGAGAGACAGAAGCGUGAACAUGAAGAAUCCAAGAGGGUCCUCCAAGAAUUAAAAUCUGUGCUGGGAUUUAAAGCAUCAGAGGCAGAAAGACACAAGUGGAAGCAACUUCUAUUUAGUGAUCACGCUGUGUUGAAAUCCUUGUCUCCUGUAGACCCAGUGGAACCCAUAAGUAAUUCAGAACCAUCAGUGGAUUCAGAUAUGGGGACAGUUGGUAAAAAUGAUACUGAAGAGGAAAAUAGUAAACCCUCCACAGCUGACAAUGAAAUAAGUAGUAGGACUGAGUAUUUAUCUGAAAACCCUCUAGAUAGUAAAAAUAAAGACAAUUCUGCAAAUGACGUCUUCCUCCAAGGAGCUGAAGAAAGAGUGUGUUACCAGUGUGAGAGUGAAGAGGAAUGUCAGCAGGCAGAUGUAGGUAGCCUGUCCACUGCCCAUCCAACUGCCAGGGACUUCUUUCAGCCCUCCAUUAAGCAGAGACUGGCACGGCUCCAGCGGUCACCGGAUUUUACCUUCACUGCCGGUCUUGCUGCAGAAGUGGCUGCUAGAUCUCUCUCCUUUACCACCAUGCAGGAACAGACUUUUGGUGAUGAGGAGGAAGAACAAAUAAUACAAGAAAAUAAAAAUGAGGUAGAAGAGAAUUAAGAACCAAGAUUUACAUGAAGGAUUUUAAAUUGUUGCUUUUAUGCAGGUGUUUUAGCUUCAACACUACAUAAUCCACUGGAAAGGGAAAAUGAGUGUUUACUAUAUAUAAAGCUAAGAUGUGAAUUUACAGCAAGAACCCUGGUUUGAACAACUGCUCUGAAAAUAGUAGCUAACCUGUAAAUGGCAAAUCUUUUAGGAAAAUAAGAAGGUAAGGGCUCUUUUGAAUAAACUUGCUGUUUUAAUUGCAGUACAACUGAUCAAUCUUGGGAAUUCUUUAGGUACUUCUAAUAAGAAACAAAUUUAUCAUUUCUUGCCAGAAUUCGCUAAAAUGACUGGGAUAAUUCUAUUGCAAGAACAUUUAGUAUGACUCCUUUUUACUAUAUUCUUGCAGUUAAUAACUGCAACUAUUAUGUUAAUAACAACUUGUUUGUAUUUUAUUUUUGUUUCUACCAGCCUUAAAGAUACAGGUUCUGAAUUUUAAAAAAAAAUUGAAUUCAUACAAUUAAUGUGUACUGGGGGUUGGAACUAAAAAGUAGUGUCAAAAAUACUGGGAUUGUGACAUGUUUCUUAACGUUUCCUUGUUCAUACCUGUAUUCGGUAGUUAAUUUUAAGAUGUCCUAAUAAUCUUUAAGAGAAGAACAUUGUACUGUUUUAAAAAUUAGCCUUUCAAUUAUUUUUUGUGUUUAUCUUAUGUUCUUGUUAUAACUAAUAAGGAAUGAUGUCAAAGUGGGAUCCCUGUAGUCCAAGGCCCCAUUCCCAACUUUGCAGAAAGUUCUUUGUUUAGGUUUGCCUACAGAUAAUUGGGUGCCAUUAACACAAGCCGGUCACCUUAGCUGCCGAUUUCUAACCUGAGGCUAUACCCUCUCCACCUUAAUGAGAUUCUGGAAACAUCCUGUCUGCUUCCUGGAAAGCAUCCUUGUCUCCUUAGUACUUCAUUUACAAACUACCUCUUAAAAGAGGUUGCUUUCCAAAUUGUCCAGUGUUAAAUGACUGCAUUUUCAAAAUGUGACAUUUUCAGGAGUAUAGUACGUCUUGAAACCUAUAGCUCUUCCGCACUGACAUAGUUUAUAGACAUUACUUGGGGAAAGUACAGGAAUAGUAAUUUCUGCUGCUGUCCUAGAGAGGAGAUUACACGAUGGGUAUAGAUUGUCUUUAGAGAAACAUUCAGAUUCCUGUAAACUUAGAGCACUUUGAGUUAAUAGUUUUAUGUAUCCAAAGGGAUUUUUUUUUUUUCCAGUAAUCUUAGGAAAUGUAUUUUUUAACCUGAGGAAAAACUUGGUUCUGCUUUAUAUGAAUAGUAGAGACCCUCUGUGAUUCUGCCUAUUGACCAAAAAUCUGGGACUUAUCCAUAAUUAAGCUCUUAGGAUUAUCUUAGGGUGGGCCUAAUUUACCACUUAGCAAUAGUUAGCUAAAUUUCAAGAAAAAAACAAAUUCUUGUUUUAAGACUGACGAUUGUAUUCAUAAAUAAUAAUACUUUCUUUUUAAAUUACUUAGUUUGACAACUCCUUUUCUCCUUGGAUUUAGAAGAAGCAGUUAUGGAAAAGCUUGGUAAUCUUUCUCUUAAUCUGUAACCUUACACAGGAAGAAUUAGAGUUUAGUAACUUUUAAUUCUUUUAUUGUAUUAUUUUUAUUAUAGCGGUUUAGGAAAAAAUCUUAAUAUCUUAUCAGUUUUAUUCAAUGCUCUCUGAGGUGAUACUUUUUAAUUUUAAAAGACUGAUUUUAAUCAGGAAUUCCUAAUCUUCCAGUCUGAUCUGUUUUAUUCACUGUUAACAAGUUAAGUUGUUAACUUAAUUCCAUGAAAAUUCUACUUGUUGAAACCAUGAUAUAAGGAUCUUGGGACUUUAACUGAAGCUUCUUUUUUUGUGUGUAGUUUUCAAAAUUUCUUUCAUCUUUUAAAAUGCUUCUAAGAUAAAAUAUUAUUUUCCCUGUGAAUAUUCCUAAUUUUCUCUUAUAAUAGUCUAAAAGUCAGUGUUUCUCAGUUUUUUUUAUGGGGCAUCAACUUAGAAUAAAUUAGAGGUCUUGUUUUUACAUUUCAGAUUAGGGGCCAUACUCCCAAUCCAUUCUAGUUGGUCAUUUUGGAAUGAGACCUAGGUGAUGUUUAUGCCCAGUAAAAUCUAAGAACCUCUGUCUAGGACUUUUUCUUGCCAUGAAUACCUUAGGAAAUAAAAACAAGUCAGUGUAAUUAUAAUUAGGUACUCUUGUUGCUUUUUUAAGAAUAUUUCACUUUUUAUUGUCAGGCUUUUGACUAGUUUUAAUAGUUGCCAUCCUCCUUCCAAAAGAAGCCCUCUGGGAAAAAUAUUUUGUGAUGCAAUGCUUACAAUUGUGCUUUCCAAAUUUUACAAUGAUAUUUUGACCAGAUACUUCUUGUUAGGAGUAAUAUCCUAACAGCUUUUAACAUGAACAUUUCCAUAGUUUAUUUUACCAGGACAAACCUAGUACUUAAUGUAAAAAUGCAUGAAAGAAGCUAUUUGGGGUACUCCUGAAGACAAGAUUUUUACCCUUUGCCUACAGUAAGGAAAGUCAUGGCAGUAAAUGAUCUGGUAAUGGUUAAUCAUACCUAAAAUUCUUAUUUUUUUCAGCUUCCAUUAAAACCCUGCAUAUCUGGCAUACAUUGGGCCAGACUUGCUGGUGUUUGAUUUGUGAUCCUCUGCUUAUAUUCUAAGUUGUCUGUAUUUUCUGACUUCCUAAGUUAAGCCUUCUUUAAAAUUGUACUUCAUUAAAAUUGUACGUUUGAAUAUAUGUAAUUAAGAACUGAUGUAUUGACUCAGGUUUGAUUUCUCAAGUUCUUGGAGACAAGUCAGGAGAAACACAUUUAAAGCAAAUUUCUAAGGAAAUUUUAGAAUAUGGGUUUAAAGCUUUAACACAAAAGGAUAACCUUGAGUUUAAAUCUCAGAUCCAUCAUUUAAAAGCUAUGGGUGCAGCUGACCUAAUAAUGUCAUGGGGAGUUUUUCCAGCAAAAAACAAAUUCUCUGGAUUGCUAAGUGAUGUUGGUGAACUCUGACUUCUCAGAAGUAGUUAAAAAAAAAAGUGAAACUUUUGAGGCUGAAAAAAAAAAAGAUCUGGUUAUACGUAUGUUAGUAAAAUAGGUCAAAAAAUUUUUUAAAAUUCUCUGAAAAAUAAGUAGUACUAUUCUGAUUUACACAGUAAAGUUGGAGAAGCUUUUGAUGUUAAAGCAGAAAAAGAAUUAAAUUCUGAUACAUUUCACAAAAUUUUAAGUCAAUGGGAUGUUAAUCAGAAAGAACCCUAAGGGUCCUUUCACUCUGUGACCAACUUUUAUUUAUACACCAUAAGUAAUAUAAAAUGUGAAAUAUUUUGAUAAAUUAUUAGAAAUCAUGUCGGAAGAAAAGUUCAACUGAUUUAGUUUAAUCAUAAUACAUUGUUUCCGUAUCAAAAUAAAACAAGGAAACAAGAACUAAAUGCCAUAAGACUGUAGAUGCCAAGAAUGAAAACCAGACAAAGAUUGAUUUAUUCUUCCACUUCCAUGGAUAAGAACAUGUCUGUGUAAUUCACACUUAUAUUAGAAAAUGAAGCAACAAAUCUAUUGGAAGACAAAAUAUGGAAAAAAUGCGCUAAGUACAGUAACAAUUUACUUGUCACCAUUGACAGGUAACUAACUUGCAUGAGUUAAUUUUUCAUGUAACUGAGGCAAAUCCGUUUAUUCAUAACAUUUUUUUUAGUAGUUGAAUAGGAAAAUUUCUAGAAUAUUUAGGAUCUAAUUUAACUUUUUCUUUGUCAUCUUUAAGAAUAUCAGUUCCUAUCACGGGGUGAUAAACAGAAAUGCACCCUCAGGGACUCCUAAGAUAGAUGAGGUUAUGUGUCCUUUUACUCUAUGACCCUACGAUGCUGUGCUUUGUGAGCUAUGUCUCGUUUUCACAGUUUCUCUAUCUUCCCUUAAAAUCAGCUGUCACUUUUUGCUGCUGUCUUGGGUGCCUGCCUCUUGCACUAGGCCCCUAAUUUGCUGCUUCUAAUCUGCUGUGGCCUGAGAAACCAGAUUGCCAAACUCGCUAGAAUUGUGUCUAAAAUAAGAGUAAGUAGACUGAAAGAAGGCUAAGGGGCUUUUUCGGUCAGUUAAGUGCAUGGACUUUGUGGUACCUGUUUGGCUGCUUAGCAUACAUACUUUUGUUUGCCUCUUCAUUCUUUACUAAGAACUUGCUAAAAAUACUUGGUUGAAUAUGUGAUUGCCAUAUAUUUAAAAUAUUAAUUCAGUUUUUAUAUAUUGAUGUUUCUAGGACUCUCCAUAAAUGAAUUCAGCUGUAAAAGAAAAUCCAACUACCAUCUUUGUACAAAUCAUUGUGUAUAUUUUAGGAAAAUGUUAAAUGUUUUGUUCUCGUUGAUUGUUCCUAGUAUAGGACACAGACUGAAAACUUAGAGCAUUGUAAAUGUGACUCCAAUUCUGUUCACCAAGAUUUAUAUUCUAGAACUGUAGGUUUGAGACUAAACAUGCAUGGCUAAUUUAGGAAGAACUGGCUAACUGAAUAUUUGGAGAAUGACUCAUUCUAGAUAUCUGAGUUUUCUAUAGAGCUUAGACCCCUUUAAGCAUUACAAAUUUUUGGAAUAAUUUCUGAAGGUAAUCCUUUAAAACAGUAUGCAUUGCUGUCUUAUUAAACAGUAUAUGAAAAUCAUUUUAAUCUUUUUGAUGUCAGAAUGCUCAUUAUUAACAACAGUUAUUAUACUGAUAGUCUAAUUAGGCACUGAGAGCUAUGUGCCCUUUUACUAAAUGGCUCCAUUCUGCUGUGCUUUUUUCAUUUUCUUGUCUUUGUUUCCUGUUAGUAGUUCUGAUUCCUCCAAUUCCUGCAGUUACUGCUUGCUUACGUGUGCCCCUAGCAAUGGCCUUUCUCCACCUUCGUAAUGCUCCUUCUAGUCUGCUUUGGUUUUGGAAACCAGGUAACUAAGACAGCUAGAGUAAAUCGACUCAGUGAAGACUAAAAAACUGGAUUAUACUUAAAGCGCAUGGAUUUUGUAUCUAUUACUCACUACCUGUUUCAUUGCUAUCUUUAAAAUAAGUGAAGUUGCUAAAUGCGAUACCUGCUCUCAAAACAGACGAGCUGUUAUUGUACAAGGGGAACCAUUUUGUUUCCAUACUUCACCUUCUCUGUAUUCUGUCCUUUAAUUUUUUGGGUCUGAUUAAAACCACCCCACUCAAAUUAGCAUUUUCUGCAGUACUCUCUAAAUGAAUUGGAUACCACAUGCUGCUGAGAAUUUCUUUGGCUAGUUUGGUUUUGUUUUUAGAGAUGCAUCUUCAUUUCUGAAACAUGAAGUAGGUUGAGUCCUGGGAAAUAAGAAAACUAUCAUUAUUGAUAUCCCAGAGAGCUGAGAAGUAAUAAGGUUUUUAGACUCUAGGCAGUUUUACCACAAAGAAUUUGUUCUUUGAUUGUGCAAGAUUUUAAGACAGUAUCUUUGUUUUCACUCAGUGAAAUAUAUGUUAAAAGCUUGCCAAAAGUUAUCAGUGUUAGAUCUAAUGAUAUUGACAGAUAUAUGAAUGACUAAAUUCCUAGUGUCAUUCUAUAUUUUGCGUGUUUAAGUUAUCAUUUAAUGUUAAGCAUGAUGAUUUUUCUCUCUUGAAUGAAAAAUAAACAUGAAAUUUGCAUG